AUGUCUAAGAAUUCAAAGAAGACCAACAGUGAGAGACUUCUAUUUGAAGAUGUUGUAAGAUUUACUGGGUCCUUUAUCUGUGAGAAUCAUGGAGAUAAAUUGAAAGAAGCUGCAGCAAAGCUGAUAUUGACAAAACUUAACUCAAAAACCGAACUUUCAAGCCACUUGAAGUGUUACGAAACCUACAUAUCAUUUUACCCCGAAAUAUUAAUUACUGGUAUCAGGCUGGAGGGUCGAAUUUCGCGUCAAGAGAUACCUGGAUUUUUUGUUUCUGCUAGGCAUCCAAAAGCUUUGGUGGUUCUUUUUCAGCGAUCGCAGUUGGACGAUGUAACCUUAUACGGCAUGGUUUUUAGUUCUUCGUCUAAGGCUCAAAAAGUUGCAGGAUUUCUUGCAGAAUCCAAUCCUCAAUUGAGCGUGAAAGGAGAACCAUCCGGUCCAAAAGUAAAAUCUGUUACAAUAGGUCCAAAGAUACGUAAAUCACCCGACAGUUGCUACAAGGAGGUCAACGGUUUAUUAAAAACUCGUGAAACGUUAAAUACACUCCCGCCACCGGGAAAUACAUUUCGUUCAGAAGUUACAUGGAAUAAAAUUCCGGGUCAACAUAACAAAGAAAAAUACUCACCGAGUAGUACAACUGUUCAUGUUAAUGGCUCUUUACUACACGAAAACAAUCAGCUCAAGUUUGGUGGGCAGAGAACCACCCAGGUAGAUAGUACUCAUCUAGUGGACAGUCGCGGUGGGAUGAAUAAUAAUCACUCACACAAUGGACCAAAUGUAUCAAAAUAUAGCAGUUUUUAUCCAGUAAGUGCAAAACAUCAUGUUCGUUUUCGACAGUCUGCUGCUGGUUAUAACGAUAAGAUGUUACAUCAUAGUACUCGCUCGAUAAUUAAUCUCGAAGGAGCAUCUGAGGAAAGCGGAUUCGAUACUCCAUUCCCUUAUGAUCCGAAUGAAAAUAUUGAAGAAUUUUCUAUUGGAUAUUAUAAUAUCGAAGAAGGUUUUGGUAUAGACGAUCGUGAUAUACUUCAUAUGAAAGAUGAAAAACAAAUGGACACAAACGAUCCUCAGGAAAACCCUUGGGUUGAAAACAUAACUUACAUAAGCAACAAUAAGAAUGGUAGAGCAACAGUUACUUCUAAUGGGUCUGUAUAUUUAUAUGUCGCACAGCAAGUUAAUCCGAGAUUUGAAGUGACAGCCCACCCGCAUACUUUGAUUCAGGUUGAAAAACGGUCAGUUCUUGCUAUGACUUUGGAAUAUGUUGCUAGUUACCCAUGUAUAAGUGUAUGGCGCUAA